AUGGAUAUUCUCCCCGCUCCUGGAAUGAUAUCCUUACGGGAAUCACACGCCAAAAAGGAGCUCAGCUUCCCUCCAAGUCCGGCAACGACAGUAAGAGAGGGUCAAUCUUAUAGCGUCGACGGCGGAUCAGACUGCUCAAUAUCAGGAUGCUUAUUAGACGAGGUCAUCGUUGAGGGGCCCCGCACAUAUCCCCUACCUCCCAAGUCCAGAGUCAACAAGGUCCUUACGGAAGACCUCAAGACACCCGACAGCCACGUCACCCGAGAUCCUAGACUCAUACGGUUAACGGGACUUCACCCUUUCAACGUCGAGGCUCCCCUGACCGAGCUGUACGACGAAGGCUUCAUCACCACCAAAGACCUGCAUUAUGUACGCAACCACGGUCCCGUGCCAAAAGUCGACGACGAGGACAUGUUUGACUGGGAGUUCACCGUCGAGGGCCUGGUCGAGAACCCCAUCAAAAUGACACUCAGAGACCUCAUCUCAGACUACGAGCAGAUCACCUACCCUGUCACCCUCGUAUGUGCUGGCAACCGCCGGAAAGAACAGAACAUGGUUAGGAAGUCCAAAGGUUUCUCAUGGGGCGCCGCGGGCCUGUCAACAGCCAUUUGGACCGGUGUCUCCAUAGGCGACCUGCUCGCCAAAGCCAUGCCCAAGAGGGGCGCCAAAUACGUCUGUUUCGAGGGCGCCGACAAGCUGCCCAACGGAUACUAUGGAACGAGCAUCAAGCUCAACUGGUGCAUGGACCCCAACCGCGGUGUGACCGUCUGCUACCGCAUGAACGGCGAGUUGCUGCACCCCGACCACGGAAAGCCAGUACGCAUCAUUAUUCCCGGGCAGAUCGGCGGCAGAAGCGUAAAGUGGCUCAAGAAGAUCAUCGUGACGAAGGAGCCGAGUGACAACUGGUACCAUAUCUACGACAACCGCGUGCUCCCUACCAUGGUCUCUCCAGAUGCCAGCGCCGACCUCCCGGAAGUGUGGAAAGAUGAACGUUACGCCAUCUACGACCUCAACACGAAUAGCGCCACCUGCUACCCUGCGCACGACGAGAUUCUGCCACUGACCAACGGUCCAGAGUCCUACAACGUCCGCGGAUACGCGUAUGGCGGUGGCGGACGACGCAUCACCCGAGUAGAAAUAACUCUAGACCGCGGGAAGACCUGGCUCCUCGCCAACAUCAACUACCCCGAAGAUACGUAUCGACUCGCUCCCGAGGGCGAAACCCUCUACGGCGGCCGCGUGGACAUGGACUGGAGAGAGAGCUGCUUCUGCUGGUGCUUCUGGGACCUGGACAUCCCCGUCGCCCACCUCGCGGACGCGGCGGACGUCAUGGUCCGCGCCAUGGACGAGGGCAUGAUGGUGCAGCCGAGAGAUAUGUACUGGAGCGUUCUGGGCAUGAUGAACAAUCCGUGGUUCAGGGUCGUCAUCCACAGAGAAGGGCACAGCCUUCGUUUCGAGCACCCCACGCAACCGGCUCUCAUGCCGGGCGGGUGGAUGGACCGCGUCAAGAAGGCCGGUGGAAACCUGGCCAACGGGUUCUGGGGUGAGAAGGUCGAGGGCGAGACCGACAAUACCACAGAGCUGGAGCCUGUCAAGGAAAUCUGUAUGACCAAGGACACUGUCAAGCGGGCCAUCUCCAUUGACGAGCUGCGCCAGCACGAGGGCGAAGAGGAGCCUUGGUUCGUCGUUAACAACGAAGUGUACGACGGCACCCCUUUCUUAGAAGGCCAUCCUGGAGGUGCAGCAUCCAUCUUUGGAGCAGCCGCGCAGGACGUAUCAGAAGAGUUCUUGACCAUUCACAGCGAAAAUGCCAAGGCCAUGAUGCCUCAAUACCACAUUGGCACCCUCGAUUCCGCAGCCCAAAAGAUUCUAAGCGAAGGCGAGGUCGUAGUAGUAGACGCCCAAGCCUCCCCUCGCGCCGUCUUCCUCCAGUCCAAGACCUGGACAAAGGGCAUCCUCUCGAGAAAGACGAAAAUUUCCUCCGACACCAAAAUCUUCACCUUCACCCUUGAACACGCCAACCAAAUCGCCGGGCUGCCCGUCGGCCAGCACCUCAUGAUGCGCCUCCGUGACCCCGCCACCCGCGAAGCCAUCAUCCGUGCCUACACACCCAUAUCAGAGGGCACCGAACGGGGUCAACUCCACGUCCUCGUCAAGAUCUACUACGACGCCCCCGGCGGCCAGCCGGGCGGUAAGAUGACGCAGGCCCUCGACGCCAUCCCCGUCGGCCACUUUGUCGACUUCAAGGGCCCCAUUGGCAAAUUUGAGUACCUCGGUAAGGGGUUAUGCUCCAUUUCGGGGAAACACCGCACCGUGAAACGAUUCGUCAUGAUCUGUGCCGGCUCCGGCAUCACGCCAAUCUUCCAGGUCCUCCGCGCCGUACUCAAAGAUGAAGCUGACCCGACGACGUGCCUCGUCCUCGACGGCAACCGCGUCGAGCAGGAUAUCCUCUGCCGCGCGGAGCUCGACGCCAUGGCCGCCGCCGCCGGGCCGGAUAAGUGCCGGCUGGUGUACUCCCUAACGAAACCCGCGCCGGAGUGGACGGGGCUGACGGGUCGCAUGGACGCCGCCUUUUUCGAGAGGGAGGUGGGCAAGUGCGGCGGCGGCGACGAUGAGCUCGUCCUCGUCUGCGGACCGGAACCGUUGGAGAAGGGGGUUCGCGCCAGUCUUGCUAGCCUCGGAUGGAAGGAAGACGAUUUGUUAUUCUUCUAG